AUGUCUGCGUCGUCUUCCAAUACGCUCUCGCCCUUGCACAGCACGGAAGAUUCGGUUCAUACAAUGAGGCACCACUCUCUCAGCAUCCCGCCUGAACUCAUCGACGAAAUCAUCGAUUACCUCUGGGAUGACAAAGACGCGCUCAUCGCCUGUUCUUUCGUCUGCCGACUGUUCUACCUCCGCACCCGUGCACACCUCUUACACAGCAUCGAGCUCAAGCACACACCCGACGAUUCAGUCUCCCAAAGCAUCCUCCCAUACAUCAAGAACAUCACAAUCUGCCGGGGCGCCAGUCCAAUCCUCAGCUUAACCCCAUUCCUAUCAUCCCUUCCAAACCUAACCACCCUCCAUCUCGACAGGCUCCAAUUCCCAGAUCCAUGGUCGCUCCACCACCUCAUCUGUCAGAUCCCCAGGCUGACGAGCCUCGAUUUGAGCGCGAUACGAUUCCGGCAGGAUUUUCUUGUGGAGCUUGGGAGCGUUGGCAGCGGGUUGCUUCCGAAGAUCAACAAGAUAUCGAUGUGGGGAACAUCGUUCCAUGCAUCUGUCGUGGAGUUCCUCAUCCAUCGGCGAGAGCUACGAGCGGUGUAUGUGGAUUCCCUGCGUGGGCUUUGUAUCAUGUACCCUCCUGGGGAGUACCUCUCUUUGAUAUGCGCGUUUGUCCGUGCGGCGAGGUCAUUGAGGAGCUUGGAUAUUCGGAUUCGUGAGACGAAGUAUCGUAUAAAUGUAAUGUCGGAAUGGCCAGCUCAGCUCGACGUGCUUCCCCUGACGAUGCCGGUGCUGAAGAUUGAGAUAGAAAAUGAUUAUUCCUGUUGGCAUGUCAAGACCAUGAGAUGGUUGCUCGAUUCUUUAGUCGGUGCUAAUGGACCUAUCAUGUUGGAGAUGCUUACACUGGUGGUAGUGCCUCCCAUACAUUUGGGUGUCUUCAUGGAUGAUAAUGCGUGGAGGAGACAGUGGUCGAGGUUGGAUGAGGUCUUGACAGGCCCAGAUAUGAACGUGUUUCGACGACUGACGGUGAUAUCUAAGCCUCGCGCUGAUUACCUUCGUCUUUUUCUUUCACAACGACUAGAUUUCAUAGAGUGGGUUUGUGGAAAGCUCCCGCUCCUGGGUGCGAGGGGCAUGCUCGAUGUAGAUACCGUUGAGGAUACAAAUUGGGAGGAUUUGUGAAUUGGAUAGAUAUGAUAAAAUGUAUAUAUUAUCCACCGUUCUAUGAUAAGAUGCCUGUUUUGACAUAAACAACAAGCAGUAGCCCGUCUCGUAGGUAGUACACCAGUAGGCAUUCUUUCUAACAUUCCGGUAAGCUGCACACACGCAUCGGCGUCGGAGACGAUACGACAUCUUGUGGAGAAAGACUCUUCUGAGUCUUCGCACUCGAUGCAGCCAAUAAGAAAGAUUGAUCAAGGUGGUAGACGGCCAACACCACCGCUCGUGCUGAUGUCCCUUCGUUCCAGCAUGUCGUCUUUAUUGUCAGUUUCAUUUAAACGUUUGCAAUUAGCACCUGCGUCAAAUUUAAACGUGCUUGGAAGACCA